UGUGUUAUCUCCGAGGACGGAAGAGACAUUUGGCACUCGGCUUGUAUUUGUGGAUGUCCCUGUACCAAUAAUGAGCAAGCCUGCAGAAUAGCAGGCAAAAUGGCGGCUGUGAAAUGGAUGGAGGACGAAAGCGAACAAUAAUCAAGUGUAGCGAUUAAUAACCAUACUGUUUACAUUUUCCGAAGAGGAAAGGCAGAUAUGUUUCUAUAGAAACGAAGCAGGCUUUACACAUUGAGGACUGUGGUCCACUCUGGCCCUUGGAGCUUGCCCAUAUGAAGAGAAGAAAGCAAGCUUGCCAGCCCUGGCUGGAAUCGAAUUCAGAAAAGGGAACUCUUCAGUUCUGUGCUGGAUGAAAACAGUUUCACACAAUGGAUGGCUAGAUGCACAGAAUUGUAGUUAGUAAAGAUCAAGAAAGAACUGCAAGAAUGACUGAUUUAAUGGAGAGUUCUGGUGCUAAUGAGGAGACAAAUUUUGACUCCAUUUGUGAUAGUACAAACACAUCUCAGACAUUGCUAAAGAGUCAGACAUCAGCACAGAAGAACAAUAGUUCAUGUCUGCCUGAACAGCUGCCAAGGGACAGUUAUGAAAAAACCUUAAAUGGAGCCCAGCCGACACUAUUUGUUCAUAACAGUGUUCCUGCUGAUUCGAUUGUGGAGCUUACCUUGCCUAAAGGAACUGUUGUUAAUGGACCUGUUUCACACUCCACCUCAAAUAAGCUUUGUGUUUCAAAUAAAAGCAGUGUUUCAUUAAGCACUGCUCAACCUUUGGGGCAUCUCACUAAAGUUUCAGGUGCUUUGGUCUCACCAUUACUUCAUGAACAUAAGAUAACCACAAAGCCAGCAGCUCAUAAAGCUUCACAGCAGUCUCUUUUAGUUCCUGUUCCCAAUUCUGAUUCUGUUCAAGCUCCGAAUGGUGCUGGCCUUGAUUUUUUAUGUACACAAAUAGCAACAACUGAAAGUGACAUAAAUGAAAGUAGCCUACAAAAAGAAAGUCCAAAGGAAAUGACAAUCCCCAAAACAUUGAAAACCGCAGAGGAUAUAAUUAGACCAGCAGAGCACUCAGCAAAAUCUCCUGAAGGCUCAUCAGAUGAAUUUGACAUUGACCAAGAGCUAGACUGGGAUCCACAGAAGGAGUUCAUGCAGUUUUUGUUAGAUAACAAUGAUAAUAAUCCAGCAGUGGAAGCUCCUCCCCAAUCAACUGGUGAAAGGAGACGUAAACGAAAAAUGGAAAUAACUCAUUUAAAAGACUUUUCAGACAGUGAUUAUGCUGACAUGCAGCAUACAACUAAGAAAUCUAAAAUGGAGAACACUUUAGAAUAUGAACAAAUGCAAAGAAAUGUUUCAGUUACCAAGUUGCAGGCUUUUAACAAAAGCCCUGUGCCCGAAGCAUCCCAUUCUCAUUCAGAUUUUCCAAAUGAAACCGUGGAAGUUAUCAAGCAAUUUAUUUUCAAUGCACCUUCAAACAAAUGCUUAGAUGGAAAUAAAGAUGCUAAAACAGAUAACUGUUCGUUUAUGGGAAGCAAACUUACAAGCAAACAGAUAAAGUCGGAGCCAUCAUCAGUCUUUAGUGCUGAACAAGAACCAUCAUUUUUUCCUUGUACAAAGUGCAAUGUUAAUUUUAAAGAGAAGGCUCAUUUACACAGACAUAUGAUGUACCAUCUUGACGGGAACAAUCACUUUCGCCAUCUCAAUGUGCCAAGGCCCUUCAUAUGCAGAGAAUGUGGAAGAUCCUUUCGCGAUCGCAACUCUUUGCUGAAACAUAUGAUAAUCCAUCAAGAGAGAAGAGAAAAGUUAAUGGAGGAAAUUAAAGGACUUAAAGAGCUACAAGAUGAAGGCAGGAGUGCCCGGCUUCAGUGCCCACAGUGUGUUUUUGGUACCAACUGUCCCAAAACCUUUGUUCAGCAUGCUAAAACGCAUGAAAAAGACAAAAGGUACUAUUGCUGUGAGGAAUGCAACUUUAUGGCUGUUACAGAAAAUGAACUUGAGUGCCAUCGUAUUAGUGCCCAUGCUUCAACAGCUAAACCAACAUUCGUAAUCAUCCAAAAGCCUCCAAAAAAAUUCCAGAAAAAGGAUGCAGUAAAAUAUGAUAUAUUAGCUUCUUCAAAAAAACCUUUGGCUUUUUCUUGUAAUAUAUGUUCUUUCACUACUGCAAGUAAAAAUGUACUUAAAAAACAUUUAGAAUUUAUACAUCACCAACAGGUAACAGAAAAUUGCUUUUUAAGUAAAAUGGGCUAUGCAUCACCUCAUUUUGAGCGUCAGAAUUUUAUUAAAAAAACAAAAAAUGCUAACAGCCUAGGCCUCCAAAUUAAAUCUGAGUUUUAUUAUGAAAAACACGAUUUUAGAAAGCCUGUUGAAAUGCCUUCUUCAUCUCAUGGCUUUACUGGACUUUACAGGAAAAAUUCAAAAAUGCAGAAAGCAAGAAAAACUGCAGUUAACUUAUCAUUGGGAGAAUGGAAUGAAGGUAACACUUCUGGGAAACCAUCAUCUUUACUAAGGUCUGAGAAACCAAAAAAAUGGAUAUUUAAGAGAGAUGAAAGAACAGAAGAAGCUAGUGGUUUCCUCUUUGAAGAUUCUGAGGAAAAUUAUAGUGAUUGUGAGGAAAAAUUUGGAACAUUAGGAUAUUUCAAAAAAGUAGCUUCUAAAGCAGGAAAGUCCAAUAAUGAUCAUUUUUCUUUUUUUGAUUCUGAUCAGAGUCUUGGGGAAAGUGAAGAUUCAGAAGGUAGAAAUCUAGCUGUUAGAGGAUUGUGUCAAGAUGCAGAUACAUCAUCGCUUGGUAGUAGAAAUGUUGUUGAUCAGUAUCCUGAUGGUCUUCAAAAAUUGACUGUUGUAAUGUUAAAAAAAAAUGAUCCGCGCACAAAAAAAGAUGAUGAAGACCAGGAGGAAGACAGUUAUGAUUUUAGUGACUAUACAAGUGACGCUACAGCAAAUUUCUUAGAAUGCAGUGAAAAUGAGCAAAAUCCUUAUGCAAGGAAUUAUUUUAUUCGUCGGCAGCGGUUACCAAUCAAAGAAAAUAGGAGUUUGGAAAAGAAUUCUGUUACUAACUCCUAUGACAAUAGCAGUCACAUCCAGGACGAUGGUGAUAAAUUGCAUCUUUUUAAAGUCAAAGAGGAAUGUGUUGAAAUGGAAGUUUGCACAGAAACUCCUGAAUCUCAGUUAUUGCCACAUAGUGAUUCAUAUUCAGAAUUUGAUUUAGCACCAUUUGCAGUUGAGAGAAAAUCAUGUCCAUACUGCCCAGCUAUAUUUGAAUCAGGAGUAGGCUUGUCUAAUCAUGUUCGCGGACAUCUCCAUAGAGUCGGCUUAAGCUAUGAUGCUCGCCAUGUUGUAUCGCCUGAGCAAGUAGCAUCACAGGACAAAAAGCCUCGUAUUCGGAGAAAGAUCAACGCAAUCAGGCGAAUCAAAAAAGUGGAAAAGUCUGAAUCUCCGACUGAGCACACUUGUCCUUUAUGUGGAGGAUGGUUUGAUACAAAGACUGGACUAUCAAAUCAUGUUCGAGGGCAUUUAAAAAGAAUUGGUAAAACAAAACACAGCACUAGUAAAUCACCUGUAUGCAUUCUAAAUGAGAUGUUGCAAAAUGAGGAGGACUAUAAGCACAUACUUAAGGUACUGAGCAAAAAGCGUUUCCUAUCUAGACCAUUUGUUUCACAAAAAUUUGCAACAAGUGAUGGGUUAUUUUUAUCACCUACUGGAAUUCCAAUUAAAGUUCAACACACCAGCCAAGAAUCCAAACUUUGGGAAUCAUCUACACCACAUCCAGAUGAGGAAUUUUCAGAUAAUCAGUUCAGUGACUCUAAGCUUGAAAAUGAAAGUCCUCAGUCAGCUUCACUGCUUGAACUUCUCAGGAAGAAGAAAGUGGGAGAGGAAACUGAUACAAAUAAGAAUCGCUGUCAAACAGCAAGAAAAAGAUUGGCUGCUUCUCCCCACAAAGAAAACAGUGCAUUGAAUCCACAAGUCAAAACUGCAGAGCUGUACUGGCAAACAGACAAAAAUGAACCUAAGAAGGUAUGUAUUCAUUGCAAUGCAACAUUUCCAAGUGCGGUUAGUCUUUCUAAUCACUUGCGGGCCUAUGCACGAAGAAAGAGAGCAGCUCUUCUGGAAGGAACAACUUACGAGUGCAAACAGAAGAAGCCCAGGUUGAGACCUGGAUCAAAGAAAAAGAUGUUUCCAUUACAUCAUACACCUGAUGAAACCUACAGAUUAACAUGCAGGUUCUGUGACCUAGUCUUCCAAGGCCCACUGUCUGUUCAGGAGGAUUGGAUCAAACACUUGCAAAGACACAUAAUGAAUGCAAAUGUUCCAAGAACUGGUGCUGGCAUGGUAGAAGUGACCUCAAUACCUGAAGUAUCUUCCACACAGGAACAAGUUCCUACACUUGUAACACAAACAGCGUCAUGAAGACUGGAGAUACAAACUGUAUUGAAAUUCCAAAAAAAAAAAAAGAGAAAAAGUGAAUAUAUAUUUUAUUAAAAACAAAACUGAUGCAUACCAACUUUAUCAUCCCUUUUUAUAUCAAUAUAUCUUCUUGACACCUAAGGCAAUUAUGUAACCUACAGUAUACGUCCAGUAAUGCUACAGAAAAAUGGCACUUAGGGAGUCCCAAUUUUAAUUAAUUAACCAAGAACUCUGCAUCAUAGGAUUCAUAAUAAGAUUGUCACAAUAUGUAACAGUGUUUUUCCUCAGUUUCAACUUUGACAUAGCUUAAGCAUACAUAAUAUUAAAUAUAAAGCUCUUUAUCAUCCUGGUAGUAUAAUGGUCCAAUUAAACAUCUAAAUUGUGAAUUCAUUACCAAAACAACAACCUGUACCUCAAAUCACAAGAAAACACUUAGCCAGCUAGAGAAAAUUGUUCUCUUUAUGUAGUACCUUAGGCAGAUUUUGCAUGAACUGUAAAUGGCCUUAUAUUAGAAUGAGCUAGAGUGAUAGUAUUUUCAUAACAGAAGGAUAGAAUUUAAUGUAAACCUUAUUGCUCAUUGUAGAUGUUUUGGAUUUUCUUCUACACUGGAAAAAAGAAAUAAUUUGGAGAGCCAGGAUCAUUUUUAUGGUUAUUUUUUGAGUAGACAAACAAUGUUCAGUUAUACAAAAUGAUAUUUUCACAUGUUUCUACAGAAUGUUUAUGAAGCUGAAAUUUGUUUUUGAAACAUUGAUUCAGUUCAAUUCAUGACAAGCGUUACAAAUAAAAUCUUGAUGUACAAUUGAAUGGGUAAGAUUUGAAAGUCAGAAAGAAAUCUUUGGUGCCUAAGUAAUAUUUUCAGAUUAUGACACACAAAUUUGUUCUGCAGAUGCACAUUGUCUGUACAUUGCAUAUCUUUGGUAUUCCAUUAUUUAGUCAUUCCCAAUACCAUUGCUACCUAAUAUUAAAAACCCUGAUGUUAAAACUACCUUUUUAGAAUGGUUGAGGUGGUAUGCCGAUUAAUAUGUGCUAAAAUUAUUUGCAAAAAAAGCCUUUCAAAAAAAAAAAAAAAAAAAGAAGAAAAAAAGUAAUGGUGCUGAUAACUUCCUACCUUCCACAUACUUAAAACAGUUAUGCUUUUAGUUUAAUUUUUUUGAGAUGUGAGUUUAUGAGUAGUGAAUGUAACGAAAGCAGGUUAAACAUUUCUUUGUGUUUAAUUUUUGGAUGUAAUGAGAUUCGGGUAUGUUAUGUGUAAUCAUUGAGCUUGUCGCUGUACAUAAUGCUAUCUUUUGCUGUAAUAAAAAGAUAAGACUUUUUAUUU